AGAAGCCCAAAAAGAAUAAAAGAUGAAUACUCCUUUCUUUGAGAUCCAAGAUUGGAACAUGUCCCAUGAUGUUUUUCCAGACAAUUUUUGUUUUGAACCAUUCACAAGCAAUGAUUUUGUUGAUGACCCUUUUCAUCAUUCUCUUUCCUUUGAUAGGAUUGAUGAAUCCUACAUGGAUUCAUCAACAACAACAACCAUGGAGAACAACAACAACAUCAUCAAGAACAAGAACAAGAAGAAAGAGAAUAUUGAAGUUGGUAAGGGAAAUGGAGGUUACAUAGGAGUUCGGAAAAGGCCAUGGGGAAAAUUUGCAGCAGAAAUUCGAGACACAACGAGGAAUGGAAGAAGGGUUUGGCUUGGAACAUUCGAAAGUGCUGAAGAAGCUGCUUUGGCUUAUGAUCAAGCUGCAUUUUCCAUGAGAGGCUACAACGCUGUUCUCAACUUUCCAUUCAAAAGGGUCAAAGAUUCUUUGCAAGGAAUCAUGAUGGAUUCUGAUUCUUGUUCUUGUUCUUCACCUGCACUUGCACUCAAAGAGAGGAAUUGCAUCCAAAGGAAGUUGUCAAAGACUAACAAGAAAAGGGAAUCAUCAAAGAAAUCAUCAUCAUCAUCAUCAACAACUAAUAAUAGUAAUGUGAUGGUGUUUGAGGAUUUGGGGGUUGAAUAUCUAGAACAACUCCUUAGCAUUUCAGAUCAAAAUUAG